AUGGAACAAGAAAUUUUCAAAUAUAAAGAUAUAAUUUAUAAUGUAAUACUUAUAUUUCCAGAAAAUGAUGCACGUUGGAAAAAUUAUAUAGGAAGAGAGCUUGAUGGAGGACAUAAAUCAUCAUAUGAUGAUACACUUAAAGAAAACAAAUAUAUUGAAGUGUAUGGUUGUGUAGAAGAUUUAUCAUUAGAAUCAGGACGAUCAAAAAUUCUUAAAGUUGAAGAUACAAAAUACUUAGAAAGCCUUUUAAAAGAAAAAGUAGAUUAUUAUUUGUGGGAACUACAGUCUGAAAUGGAGUUAUGA